CUCAUAUCAUGCUUCUACACAUGCUUGUUUUAUCUUUUUUACUCGGUUCUCAAGGUCUGCAGACUGAUAUUAAGCAGCUCAAUGACAUCGACUGUACGACUGCACACCUAUCUCAACAAGGCCGGGUCUGAAAGGAUUGUUGGGGAAGAAGAUGGAGGGAGGCUGUUUUCAGAGGAAGAGUACAAGAAAUAGAAAGAGACAGUGGUGCCAAGAAGAAUACAGAUCUGCCUUAAUGUUAGUUUUGGCGUCCUAGGACAGAUGGACUGCAAACUCACUGGACUAGAGACAGCUUGCUUCUGUACACACAGGUAUAAACAACAUUGCACAGACUUUGAGGUGUUGCCAAAGGAAAGGCCUAUACUCUUGCCCUGUAGGGUCAAAGGUUGUCAAUGUGUAUCUUAUGAAUACGUUCAUAUCAAUGGUUCUAAGGCAGUAAGCUGCCAAUGCAAACACACAACCACUGAGCACAGUGAAACUAUAGGGCACCAGUGCAAGAAAUGCACUCACUGCACUGGCUAUCGAAGUCCAUUUACCUGCGGAUGUGGUCAACCUGGAUAUCCCCAUGUGACACUAGUUGAAACCAGGGAAGAGCGCAUGGCACAGGGUCAUCCAGUGGGGAGGGCUGUUCCUUAUGCAGCUAUGGGAGGCUUAACUGGGUACAGCUCACUGGUGGACGGCUACCUAAGACUGGAUCCAAGUGUCAUAGGCAAUGCAUGUGAACAGCACACACAAUAGGCCACCUGUCUCCUAACAGUUGUGCCACAACAAACAUAAUGUUAGCAUUAGGUUAGCACAUACCUUUAAAAUCAACAUUACCGUUAUUCAAAUUAUAUAUUACAUUUUAUGCUUUCUGUUUAGCCUGAGAGCUAAUUCUUAAUAUUUGUGUUUUUCUGUUUUGUCAUAAAUUGUGAAAAUUAAUCGCAGCAAACAUUUUUUUACGG